GCGUAGUUUUUGACUCCGGGCUGGUGGUCGGCUGGGGGCAGGGCCUUGCGCUGGCUGGAUCAGAGAGCAGCCAAACUUGCGUAGUCUUGCCACGGCUCUCGCUGUCUCCCUCCUUCUCUCUAUGGACGGGCGUAGGGAAGAAGAGGACACUGGGAUUGUUGUCGUCUGAACCGCAGCGCUUUUCCAGGGCCUAGCGAUGAUUUAAUCACGGAAAACCGGGGUGGAGGAGGAAAAGGAGAAAGACGACGGGAGCGCGAGAGGAGCAACCUCAGCCGAUGGAGAUGUGUGGUUGGGCCGAGAUUGCGGCGGUAUCCCUGACUAGGCCUGGACUAAGCAGACUGUUCUGAGAGGAAACGGAUAACAAACGGGAAGUGAACAUGGCAGGGACCUCGGGCUUCUUUUCCAAUGGACCUGUUCCGUGGAUAGACAAUGACACUGAGAUGAACAACCUGUACAGAGACCUGGAGCUGGGGACAGUACUGACUCUGUUUUAUUCAAAGAAGUCCCAGCGGCCAGAGAGAAGGACAUUUCAAGUUAAACUGGAGACCAGGACUGUUGUCUGGACUCGGGGCACGGAUAAAAUAGAGGGAGAGAUUGACAUUCGAGAGAUCAAGGAGAUCCGGCCCGGUCAGAAGUCUCGGGACUUUGAGCGCUAUGUGGAAGACUCGGCAGCGCGGCUGGACCAGGGUCACUGCUUUGUCAUCCUGUAUGGCCCUGAGUUUCGUCUUAAAUCAAUCAGCCUGGCAGCAACGUCAGAUGAGGAGAUGACCAUGUGGGUGAAGGGGUUAAAUUGGCUUGUAGCUGACACGCUGAAGUCCCCAACACCGCUUCAGAUAGAGAGAUGGUUACGCAAGCAAUUCUAUGCUGUUGAUCGCAACAGAGAAGACAGGAUAUCCUGUAAGGAUCUGAAGAACAUGCUGACCCAGGUAAACUACAGGGUGCCCAACAUGAAGUUCCUCCGAGAGAAACUUCCGGACUCCGAGCUGAGGAAUGGAGAUGUGUCCUUCAGCCAGUUUUCCCAGCUCUAUCGCAACCUCAUGUUUGAUGCUCAGAAAACGAUGGAGAUCCCAUUUCUACAAAGGUUCACUGACAGACCAGAAGAGAGGAUCUCCCUAGAAGACUUCAAGAGCUUCCUCCUGGAGUCUCAGAAGGAAAUGUGGGCUACAGACAACAACAAAGUUCAGGAGUUUAUGUUCAGCUACCUAAAAGACCCCCUGAGAGAAGUGGAGCUGCCUUAUUUCCACCAAGACGAGUUCCUGACAUACCUUUUCUCCAAAGAGAACACCGUCUGGGAUUCCUCAGUGGACCAAGUAUGUCCUGACAAUAUGAACAACCCCCUGUCCCACUACUGGAUUUCCUCUUCACACAACACCUACCUGAUGGGAGACCAGUUUUCCAGUGAGUCAUCCCUUGAAGCAUACGCCCGGUGUUUGAGGAUGGGCUGCCGCUGUAUUGAAUUGGACUGCUGGGAUGGUCCAGAUGGAAUGCCAGUUAUCUACCAUGGACACACCCUCACAACAAAAAUCAAGUUUUGUGAUGUCCUGAUGACCAUCAAAGAGCAUGCCUUCGUCACAUCCGACUAUCCCAUCAUCCUGUCCAUCGAGGACCACUGUAGUAUUUUGCAGCAGAGGAAUAUGGCCACUCACUUUAAGAAGGUGUUUGGAGACAUGCUGCUGACCAAGGCAGUAGAUAUUGUGGCAGAUGGCCUACCCUCACCCAACCAGCUCAAGAGGAAGAUUCUCAUCAAGCAUAAGAAGCUGGCAGAAGGCAGUGCCUAUGAGGAGGUGUCCACCUCCGCUCCCUACUCAGAGAACGAUAUCAGCAACUCCAUCAAAAAUGGCAUCCUGUACCUGGAAGACCCAAUUAAUCAUGAGUGGUACCCUCAUUUCUUUGUUCUGACCAGCACUAAGAUCUACUACUCAGAAGAGACCUCCAAUAACCAGGGUAACGAUGAUGAGGAGGAGCACAGAGAGGUGUCCAACGGCAUGGACCAGCAUGUGACAGAGAAAUGGUUCCACGGGAAGUUGGGUGCCGGGCGGGAUGGGCGGCAGAUAGCCGAGAGGCUACUGUCUGAGUACUGCCUGGAGACCGGAGCUCCUGAUGGCUCGUUCUUGGUCCGAGAGAGCGAGACCUUUGUGGGAGACUAUACACUGUCUUUCUGGCGUUCAGGCCGGGUGCAGCAUUGUCGUAUCCACUCUCGUCAGGAGGCAGGCAGCCCCAAGUUCUACCUGACUGACAACCUAGUGUUCGACUCGCUCUUUGCUCUGAUCACACACUACCAGCAGGUGGCAUUGCGCUGUAAUGAGUUUGAGAUGAAGCUGACGGAGCCAGUGCCUCAGACCAAUGCCCACGAAAGCAAAGAGUGGUACCAUGCCAACCUGUCUAGGAGCCAUGCUGAGAACAUGCUUAUGAGGGUUCCUCGUGAUGGGGCUUUUCUUGUCAGAAAGAGGGCAGAACCCAACUCGUUUGCCAUUUCCUUCAGGGCUGAGGGUAAGAUAAAGCACUGUCGUGUACAGCAAGAAGGUCAGAUUGUGGUGCUGGGCAGCUCAGAGUUUGACAGUCUAGUAGAUCUCGUCAGCUACUAUGAGAAACACCAUCUGUAUCGCAAAAUGAAGCUGCGUUAUCCCAUCAAUGAGGACACACUGGAGAAGAUAGGCACUGCUGAGCCAGACUACGGGUCAUUGUAUGAGGGCAGGAACCCAGGCUUUUAUGUGGAGGCCAACCAAAUGCCAACACUCAAGUCCACAGUUAAAGCCAUGUAUGAGUAUAAAGCCCAGAGAGACGAUGAGCUCUCCUUCACCAAGAAUGCCAUUAUCACUAAUGUGGAAAAACAGGAAGGAGGAUGGUGGAAGGGUGACUGCGGAGAGAAGAAGAAGAUGUGGUUUCCUGCUAACUAUGUGGAGGAGAUCAGUCCAUCAGAAGCGGAGCUUGACAGAGCUGAAGUGACAGAAAACAGUCCUCUGGGAGAUAUGCUGAGAGGAAGUGUGGAUGUAUCUUCCUGUCAGAUUGUUGUCCGUCAAGAUGGAAAGGGCAGCAGGCCUCAUGUCUUCUCCCUGGUGCCAAAUACCUCCAUGCGGAUGGGCCCAAUCCUGGACAUUGCUGCCAGCAGCCUAGAAGAACUCAAGGAAUGGGUGUUCAAAAUCCGGGAAGUCACCAUGACAACAGAGGCCAAGCUGGAAGAGGGGAAAAUGAUGGAGAGGAGGAAGAAGAUUGCACUGGAAUUAUCUGACCUGGUCAUCUACUGUAGACCUGUGCCGUUUGAUGAAGAUAAGAUUGGCACAGAACGGGCCUGUUUCCGGGAUAUGUCAUCCUUCCCUGAGACUAAGGCAGAGAAAUAUGCCAACAAGAUCAAGGGGAAGAAGUUCCUGCAGUACAAUCGACUACAGCUGUCCAGGAUCUACCCCAAAGGCCAGCGAAUAGACUCCUCUAACUAUGACCCACUACCCAUGUGGCUCUGUGGGUCCCAGCUGGUAGCACUCAACUUCCAGACAGCAGACAAGCCCAUGCAGAUGAACCAGGCCCUGUUCGCGCUGAAUGGAAGAAGUGGCUAUGUCCUUCAGCCUCCCAUCAUGAGGGACGAUAACUUUGAUCCGUUUGACAGACAUACACUACGAGGCCCUGAACCAAUCACUCUAAUGAUGGAGGUCUUGGGUGCCCGGCACCUGCCCAAGCAUGGACGUGGCAUAGUUAGCCCUAUGAUUGAGAUCGAAGUGUGUGGGGCAGACUACGACAAUGCCAAGCUAAAAACAGACUCAGCAGCUGAUAAUGGUCUCAACCCCACGUGGCCCCAAAAGCCAUUCCAGUUCACAGUGUGCAACUCUGCGUUUGCCUUCCUGCGCUUUGUGGUUUAUGAGAUUGACAUGUUCAGUGACCAAAAUUUCCUGGCUCAGGCGACAUUUCCCAUUCAUGGUCUUAAGACAGGUUACCGGUCAGUACCUCUGAAGAACAGCUACAAUGAGGAUCUGGAGUUGGCUUCUCUUUUAGUCCAUAUGAACAUCAUCAGAGGCACGGAUGAAAACGGAGAGGUUCUGAGCCCGUUCCUUGCAGCCGGGGCUAUGUCAAUGUCAGCAUCUGCCCAAGCAGGGCGGGAACGUUUGGGGGAUUUGAGCUUGAUGUCUACAACUUCCUCCAACAUGUCCCCUCUGACACAGUCACCGGUCCAGGCCAUGGCCUACAGGGGCAGGGAGGGUUCCCUUGAUUCCCGCUACCAGUCCCCUAUAGAUGACUUCAGGGUGUCCCAAGAGACACUGUUAGACCACAUGGACCCACAGAACAGAAGGAUGCUGAGGCGGACCAAAGUGGGCGGAGAGAACCAUGUUUAAGUCCAAGCCAAUCAGGACGUGUUUCUGUUGCACCCCGACCCCCUCCUCACCCAGUGGUCUCUCCCUGUACUGAUGAUGUCACUGACUGCUGUGAACACUGUUUCCAUGGAAACACCCACCACUGCUUUGGCCUACAUUUCAGGCAGCUCCCCCACCCUACGCCCCUCUCUCCUCCCGUCCUGCCACCUAGCCUCCUCACCGCUCGCCUGACAAGAAGAAGGGACUCGGACGUAAGAGGAGGGAGGGGGUAGGUACUGACAGGAAGCCAAUCGCUGCAGACAGGAAGAAGAAACUGAUGCUAGCCCCUGUUGUUCCCUGGGCGGGGCUGUCCUCACUUGUGUUUGACAGUAGGUGGGCUCAACAGCUGCCUAGUUUGGAGGCUAAGA